AUGAUAUUAGCUGAAGACGUAUGUCGUAAACGUGAUUAUUAUUCGUUGAAAAUAUUGAAAAACGAUGACAUAUUAGAACGUGAUGAAGUUGAAAGUUUAAUGUCGGAAAAACGUUUUUAUAAAUCUGGAAAUUUAUAUGAUCUUGAUUUAAUGAAUCAUUAUGACAGUAAUGCAUUAUUCUGGAAUAAUUCUUCAAGUAAAAUUCGUAAGGCUCUUUGGAAGUGGAAAAACAAUAACUAAUAUUUUCAAAGAAAUAACUGACAUUUUACUCAAGAAUGCUUUUCAUUUAUCUCGUUUCGCCUCGAUCUAUGUCUUUAUACGUUUAGAAAUCAAUUCCGUGUGAUUGCAAGGUUGAGUCAAUUCCAAGAUUUUCAGUUAUCUCGGAAAAGUUCUGUCAGAUAGGAAACAAAUAUUACUGACAACAAAUUGGUAACAUAUUUGAACUAUCUCGCCAAUAUCAGUUGAUAAUUAAGCAUUUUAAAAAAAAGACCAACUUUCUUGACACGACAGUUAUGUAAACGUAUUUCUUUUUGCUGAUGAUCCUAUAUAUUGUACGAUCGAAGAAAGGUAGACAGACCUCCGUCAAUACGUACUGAACGCAUAAAAAUGAAAAAAGCCUAGCCAACACAAACUAUACGUAAUAUCCAAAUGAUUAUAUUCACCGGUUAUAAUCAUAAUUUUUUUUUCCCGUGACAUUUUCAUCACUACUUUUUGCCUACUGUUUAUGUUUUCUAUGUUUAUUUAUUAAUGUUGUUUUAAUGUUUAUUUAUAGUUGGAUAUAAAUAAACAAUCAUAUAUAAUGCAAGUAACCUUGUUUAAAAGAUUAACAAUCAGCCGUUUUGAAACUAAGAUUUUAGUUGUUUUCUAUUUUCUCUGUAAAUAUGCCAGCAUUACUAUACCGAAGAUAUGCCGUGUGAACCAAAUGUGAAAAUAUAAUCAUAGAUACUAUGAAUGGUUUAGAGCAAUUAUGUAGAGCCUUAAAACAUUCAGCGGUCCAGAUUAUGAAUGAUCGGAACUAGUUUUCUCAAUGAUCAUCAAAAACGAUACCUAUAACUCUAAAAAAACAGGUGCUCAAUACGUUUUUUGUUUUAACGUAUACAAGACUGAUAGUUUCAACUACGUUGUUGAUUAGUAUUAUAGCCAGAAUCUUCUCAUCUAUUUGAGCAAUUAAAAAUACGAUUCAAUAACAUUUCCAUCCUAUUUAACUAUUAGUCCCUAAGUAAUUGCUAAUCCUAUUAGAUAGUUUUGAUGCUUCUCGUAUCACAUGUAUAUCUGAGAUCUAAUAGAAAAUCUUCCAAAUUCUUGAGUGAUCAAAUAUUAUACUUUGCUAUGAAACGUUGAUAUCUUACCUUAUGCUGAUCUCAUACAAAUUCAUUGUUUGCAUACACUAAGAAGCUUUUUAACUGAAAAAUGAAAUAUUGUAGCGGUACCUUAUUUGUUUUAUUCUUUUCAUAAGUAAAUAUUUCGGAUUAUGCUUAAAAUUUAUCAUACAUACCUUUGAUGUAGGAUUGAGUAAAUAUCUAUUUGUGGAUCAGAUUCUUCACUAGCAUCAUAAUUUUGACUAGCAUAAACAUCUCGUCUAUCUCGAUCUAACAUAUAAAUCCUUCCUCAUUUUCGAAUACAUUUUGUGUUUUCCUCUCGUUCUUACCAUGUGUAGUGAUAAACACAUAUCUUUAUCUGAUAUCUCUUCUAACCUUUUCAGAAAACUUUCUUUUAGCACAACAAUAACUGUUCUCAGUAAAUUACAUGUUUUCAGGUCAAUUCAUUUAUCACACUGAGUUCAAACAAAAGCAGUGAUCAGUAGAUUUGAAAUAAAAUAAAAUUGGACUGCAUUAAAUUAACAGUUUUAUAUUAUAAAUCACUUAUAUAAUAAAAAGACUUCACCGAAAAAGGGAAUGACGCCAGAUCCAAAUUCAAAGUUUGGAACAAAACAAAUGUUCUUUAAGUUCAAAGGCCAAUAGAAAAUUACUUUAUGAUUCUUGUCUCCACUGAGAAUCAAAAACACAAUGAAACAAAACAACUACAACAAAUAAAAUGAUACCAUAUUGAGCAUCUAAUGAAGACAAAAAAAAAUGAAUGAGUAUAGUCUAUAGAAAUAUGUACGAGUUAUACAAAGAAAAGUAGAAUUUAUUAAACAAGAAAAACUAACAAUAAUAUGUAUAGACUAGAAAGCUUUUCAUUAAUUUGUUGGUGAUAAUGUAAGUGUAAAAAAGAAAUAAGCCAAUAAUAAUUUCAUUUUGUACAAUUAAAACAACAUUUACUUUAAAAAUAUACUCUAUUGUGCAUUCACAAUGAAAAGUAUAACGAAUAUGUCAUUAUGAACGAUUAAAAUUCUUCUUUUAAAUACUAAAAUGAACUUUGAAAAACUUAACAUAUUCUAAUGAAAAUUAAAUAGUAUUUGGCAAAUAUAUCUCGAGUUGUAUUCAUCAAAUUGUUGAAAAAUUUUCCUUAUUUAAAAUAAUUUACACUGUUUAUUAGAUGCAUGUUUAUGAAUAAAUUUUGUUUACGAUUAUACUAGUGUGUUACAAAAUGAAAUUACUGUGAUUUUAGUCUGACAUCUUAAUUGUGUUCCUUUUUUUCUUUUGAGUAAAUAGAAAAAUAUAAGUGAAAUUACUAUUGAUAUUCGAUUAUCAAUAUUCACAAAUCAAGUAAGAGCAUGAAAGAACAUGGUCAAUCUUUUAGUAAACUUGAAUAAUUUUUAAAGAAUUUCACCGAAUAAAAAUACAAAUAUAUUUCCUCCCUCAGUAAAAGAAGUUUAGGACGGCUAAGUAGACUAGUUUAGAGAAAAUGUCAACAUGAUGUUUGUUUGUGCAUAAGUUGCUUACAGAUGGUGAAAAUUGAAUUUUUUCAUCUAAUAUUAUCAGAUGGUUGCAGAUAUAAUAAAAAUUAUUAUAACUUCGAAAAGUCCUUGCAUUUUGAGAGAGUUUGCUGAUAUAAAUUAAGCACAAUUUUCUGAAUUAGACACAACUAUUGAUACAAUUAACAAACUUUCUUUUAUUAAAAAAACUUUUCCUGUUUUGUUCUUGCUUCCCUUUUUUGACGCUCGAGUCCCGGAAAAAGAAGCAAGAACAAAACCAUAUACUAGCUAAGCGCGGGGCGGGGCGGCGGGGCGGGCGGGGGGG